AUGGCCAACGCCGUUCGGCCUCUGCUGCGAGGCUCGAAUGACCGGCAGACCAGACUCAACUUCUUGCCCGUGUCGCGCGAUGACGCCCUCGCCCACGCCCACGCACACUCCCACGCACACGUCCAGCGCAACACCACACCCACCGCCACCAUCGCGACACGCCGGGCUUCGCGUUCCGGGCCCCUGAUUGCGCUUGCAGACGACGACAAGCCCGUCCUCCAGACCUCGCCCGACACGCCCGCCGCCCGCACCACGAGCAGAAAGCGGCCUGCCACAGAGGUCGACCCAGACCAGCCCGACUCACGACCGCCCACCAAGAUCACCGUCACACAGCCCCACGGUGACCACCUGCCUGUCCCCAACAGUGUUUCCGUGCCCCUGCGCUUCGACGCCGCCCAUGUCCCUUCGCCAGCGUCGACGCCGCGACCAGCCAGCGCUGGCAAGCUGACUGCCUCGACCCCAGCCGUCCCCGCCCCUGCCUCGACGGCCUCCUCGACCGACAAGAGGAGCCUGCGGAGCCACGACGGCGGAUCGCGCCUCAAGAGCCAUCUAGCCAUUUACUUUUACAACUACGACGACAUCAUCGCAGGCGUCUCCAAGGACGACGAAUUUCUUGCUCUCGACACGCCCAUAUACAUUGUCGAUGAACCCGUCAAGAGCAACACCCCUGCACCCACCACACCACAGCCCUCGCGCAACUCAGUGAGUCCAGCGCGCUCAAGAAGAGCAAAACCCGCCUCGCCUACUUCGCCUUCGCGUCAUGGCUCAGAUGCGGCUAUACCCCCGGCGCAAUCCUCCACAUCUUUCCAGGUUCUCAACUAUGCCACCAUAGCCAAUGCAAUCCACCACGAGGAUGGCCAAGACCCCCUUGCCGACUCGGUCUACUUUACCCAGCAUCGGCGCGCGGAGCGCAAGGAGAAGCAACUGCGCAACAUUGAAAAAGAGCGCGCUAUGCAUGAAAAGGUGCAACUGGAACGCCUGCUCGACGGCCUACAAGGUCCAGACUGGCUCAAGGUCAUGGGCAUAACAGGUGUCACAGACGGUGAGAGGAAGGAUUGGGAGGCCAAGCGUGAUUACUUUAUCAGAGAAGUAGAAGCGUUGGUCGACAAGUUCCGCGUGUGGAAAGAAGAAGAGAAACGGCUACGCGCUGAUAAGGAAGCCGCCCUAGCCGCAAAAGAAGAAGACGACGAAGCAGACGGCGACGACACGGAAGAAUCCGACAGUUCCGUUGCAAACACACGAGACGCACCUCCGCCACGGCACCAACCCAAGGAGCCAGAACCCCCCAAACCUAGACGGCCGCCUCGCCCCCAUGGCUUCCUCCUUCCCCUCAUCCCACCCGAGCCUGCAGCACCCUUCCAGUCGUUUUACGCCAAACCCCAUCUCCGCGCUGCAGCGCUGGGCAAGCACCGCCACGGCCGCAACGCCAGCGCCUUUGGCCAGCCCAUUCCCGAGUUUGCCGAAAAGGAAUUCGAGCUGCCGGAUGACUUUAUCGAUCCCCAGUUCUUACGCGACAAUGCGAGACAGAGGCGAAGAAGAAAGCGUGAGAGUGGGGUUGGCGGUGCUGCAAAUUCGGCUUCUACGUCGAAUCCGUAG